UUUCGUCCACCGGUACCCACUACCACCAAGAUCGAUUCCGUUCGCAGCCUCCCACCCUCUCUAGCGAGACAAUUCAGUAUGCACUCGAGACACCAAGAGGUGGACGAGUCAGGAUUGUGCUCGAGGUACUUAACGCACCGUCAACGCUUGGCUUCUCACCCCGCCUACCAUCUAUGAUACCGCAGCGACAUGUACAACUUCACUACACCCUCCCAGCUCUACAUCCCGCUUGAUCACACUCGACAAGCGACGCGGAACGCUGCAGCUUCCCGUCCUCACAAUCCUCCCGUCGUACAGUGGCCUAGCAUGCCUCCGGGUCUGUCCACCGCUGUGACACAGGACUUCAUCGCGCCCUUUGGGCACAUGCCCGCAGGCCCCGCUGCUGCGACGUCUAUGUCAGCCAGUAAUGGGGGCAACGUCAACUAUCAAGGACUCGGAGGAGUCUGGAUGAGUCCCACAGCGCAGUACAACGGCGACCCGCAAGCGCUAGCGCCAUGGUCGCCUGCAGUGCAAGCACCGCCAUACGAUCCAGUACAAGAGCGUGCAACGGGUCUGUACACGACCUUUAUGUAUCCGUGGGUCACGUUUAGUACCCAGGCACCACAUGUGCUGCCCGCCGAUGGCUACGCUGUAGAUCCCGCACUUGAAGCUGCAGUCGCGGCGGCACUGUGCUUCUACGGCGGUCCCUGCUUCCACCUCUCUCAGGAUGACGUAGACAAGAAGAUGAGGGGCUUGCGCCAUCACCUCAAGCAGUGCCACGCGCACCAGUUCAAUGUUGGCCGCCGCGCCGGUGGCACGCGGAUCAUCUGUCAAUGGGCCGCCGAUGGACAGCCGCCAUGCAAGGUGGAUGUUCAAGACAUGUAUUACCUCGCCAAGCACAUUUGGACGAAGCAUCUCAAGGGCAUGCAGGUUAAGUGCGACGUUUGCGGUGACGUGCUUUCGCAGAAAUUCGCGCUCAACCGGCACAAGAACCGGCAUCACAGCAAGUAAGAUAGAGUAGACGUCCGAAUCUUGAGAGUUCCUGUACCUACUACAUAUAUGCCUAGAUCUCUACAAAAGCCUGUAGUCUCACAAUAUGUAUAUC